CUCCCCCAUCUUUCAGGUAUGCGGUGCAUCCUCUAUUUGUGUUCAGAAAGAUGGGAGUACCUGGAAUCGGGCUUCCACCUUUACCGAUUGUGGGAACAUCCUACCUGACCAUACUUUCGGGCAUUUACAACACCCAAUUCUCUGCCUCUGAUUUUGGUCCCGUCUUGGGGGUCUUUAAUGGAAUGAAUCCAAUGCUCGUUGUCACUGAUCCAGACAUGUUAAAGGAGAUCUUCGUGAAACAGUUUCAAAACUUUGUCAAUCGUCAAUCAGAGGUACAAGACAUCAACAUAAUGCCACAAAGCCGACAGUUAUUCCAGCUAAGGGAUGAGGACUGGAAGAAUGUGAGGACCCAGCUUACCCCUGCCUUCAGCGGCAGCAAACUCAAGCAGAUGAUAGCAGCGCUGAACAGUUGUGCUGACCAACUCGUGGAGAACCUCAACAGCUUCGCUACCACAAAGGAGUCUUUUGAUGUCAAAGAGGUGACGGGUGCGUUCAGUAUGGAUGUCACCGCUAGAACGAUCUUUGGUGCUGAGGUCAACUCACAACAGGAUCCACAAAACCCUGUCAUCGCCCAUGCCAGGAGAACCUUCAACUUCAACUUUAAAAGUCCAGUCAUCUGGUUUUAUGUCAUAUUUCCCCGCAUCGCGAAGCCCAUUUUCGAGACAAUCAAUUAUCACCCCUUCACCCCGAGGGACGUUACCGACUUCUUUGACGGAGUCAUGGAGCAGCUUCUAGCAAUGAGGAAAACUGACGGGAGCAAAGGCCAUGUGGACCUGCUCCAGAUUAUGAUAGAUGCACACAAGGACAGUGAUGAUGGCAGCACCGACGGACCCAAAGCGAUCGGGAAAAAGCAACCUUUAACCAGGGACGACGUUGUUGGAAACGGAAUCGGCUUCUUCUCCGGGGCUUUUGAGACUCUCUCAAUCACGAUGUCCUUCGUGUUGUACCAGCUGGCACUCAAUCAGGAGAUCCAAGACAAAGCCAGACAGGAGGUCAACGAAGUUGUUGGGAGCGAAGGUGAGGUUGGUUAUGAAGCUGUCCAGAAUAUGUCGUACGUGGAGAUGUGUGUCAUGGAGACCCUCCGCCUCUACCCUCUGGCAUCACAUAUCCAGAGGGUUGCUAAGGAAGACGCCAGGCUGAUGUGGAUUAACGUCCCUAAGGGAAUGAAUGUAAUUGUUCCUGCCCUCGCCAUUCACUACGAUCCAAAACGCUGGAACGAACCGAGGAAGUUCAUCCCCGAACGGUAAAUUGUUGCUUGUGUGUUCAUAUU